AUGCUUUCAGGUGGAACUGUAGAUAUCACUACAAACAAGGUUUUGCCUUGUGGAAGUCUGAAAGAGCUGAAGAGUUCCAGAGGAGGCGAUUGCGGAGGUACCAUGGUCGAUAAAGGAUUUUUCAGCUUUAUAAAAGAUUGUAUUGGGAGCGAUUAUGACGACUUUAAGCGGGAAAAUCUCUCCGAUUUCCACGAUCUCAGGCAUGCUUUUGAAGUGAAAAAGAGGCGAACAGGAGGGACUACUUCAAAAUUUGUAAGCCUCCCAAUAUCACCUGCUUUUGCACAAAAAAUUGACAGGUCCAAAUUGAAGGAGUACAACACUAGCAUAGCAAUCCUUCGGGGAAAAUUGCAGAUGCCGAUCGACUUUUUUCAUUCCAUUUUCAAAAAACCAGUGCAAAGUAUGAUGAAAUGUCUCGAAGAGGCCGUAACAGAUGAAAUAAAAUCCAUCCUUCUGGUGGGUGGAUUUGCCAAUUCAGAAAUUGUUUUCCAAUCUGUGAAGGAAAGGUUUCCAAACAAACAUGUUUACUGUCCACCUGAUGCCGACUUAUCUGUCUUGAAAGGGGCUGUUAUCUACGGACACAACCCUGACCUUAUAGCCAGCAGAAUCUGCAGGGUCUGGCAUGGAGUAAUCCUGAAUGAAAGUUUUUUUCCAGUGAAUCUAGAAUGUUGCAAAAAUGACUUUUACGUCCUUACACAAAAAGGUCAACCAAUAACGGUAGAUGCUAGAGUUAUUCAUCGCUUUAACGUAGACGAAAAAUACGACAUGAAAACCCUCCGUCUAACUAUUUUCUCGUCAGCUGCCGAUUGCUUGCCAUCUUCUAAAUCGGAAGAUUUAAAUCACGUGGUUAACUUUGAUCUGGAUAUACCACCCAGAAAAGCGGGGAUAAGGAUGAUACAGCUAGCAGUAAAACUAAAGGGAACGCAAUUCGAGUUCAAGGCGAGCGUAAAAUCCAUAAGUCCUUGUGCUUUGGCUGUAGUCAAAUCAACUUAG